GUCUCUUUCUGUUGCUUCUUUUUUCUUGCUCUACAAAACUCAUGGCUCCUAGAAACGGCAAUACUCGGACUGCCGCUGUCAUUGGCACUGGUUUCAGCGGUAUCGGUGCUGCCAUCAAGCUCGAAAAAGAGCUUGGUAUCCAGGCACAGAUCUUUGAAAUGUCAGAUGAUGUCGGUGGUACUUGGAAAGCGAAUACGUAUCCCGGUGCCGAAUGUGAUAUUCCGUCGCACCUAUACUCGCUCAGUUUCGACCUGAAUCAUACAUGGACCAAGCAUUACAGCAGCCAAAGUGAAAUCCAUGCAUAUCUUCAAGGCGUGGCGAAAAAGUACCACUUGUAUGAGCGAACGCGAUUUCAUACGGAAAUUACUCGUGCGGAAUGGAUUGAACAUCGGCAACAAUGGUGCUUGCAAUGGCAAAGCAUAAUAGAUCGUGAGCAAAAGGGAUCUGGCUAUUAUGAUAUUGUCUUCGCGGGGUUAGGUCCGUUGCGCAUUCCGAAUAUUCCGGAUGAAUUUAAAGGAUUUCAAGGCACCAUUGUGCAUACCACACACUGGGAUAAGAGUGUCGACUAUAAUAAUAAGCGUAUUGCCGUCAUUGGAUGUGGCGCAACGGCUAUUCAAGUCAUUCCAGAACUGCAAAAGAUUGCAUCGCAUAUCCACAGUUACCAGCGAACGCCAGCUUGGGUGACACCAAGAGAUCAAUUUACAUAUUCUCGGAUUGUCAGAAUCGUCUUUCGCUGGUUACCAUUCUUACGAAAGAUUUACCGCUUUUUGUUGUUCCUUCAGCAUGAAAUGUACUAUGUCUAUUUUGGCUACUACAACAGCUUCUUUGGCCGUUUCGUCCACCGAGUUUUUGCAAAACUAGUAGCUUGGCGUCUCACUCGCGCAGGACGGCCUGACCUUGUUCCUGUCUUGACACCUGACUAUCCACCUGGAUGCAAGCGUAUCGCAAAAUCAGAGGUUUAUCUUGAAUCGCUUGCCAAACCUAACGUCACUGUGAACCGAUCUGGUAUUAAGAAUAUCAAGGGCCGUACAUUGAUUGAUAAUGAUGAAAACGAAACUGAGGUUGACAUACUGGUGCUUGCCACCGGAUUCAACAUUCAAGGCGUUUCAGGAAACCUUCAGAUUAUCGGCAGAAAUGGAACUAUUCUGAAUGAAAAAUGGUCAAAGGAAUUCCCAAAAACAUAUAAGACUGUUACUAUCCACGGAUAUCCCAACUUUUUCAUGUUACUAGGUCCAUCUACUGGAUUAGGGCAUAACUCGGUAGUUACGAUGAUCGAAAUUCAAAUCGACUUUGCCAUCAAAUGCUUGAAGCAUGUGGUUCGGAAAGACCUAGCAGCUAUCGAGCCCAAAAUAUCAGCACAGGAAGCUUUUGACAACAAGUUGCAAAAGAGUUUUGACGGCACUGUAUGGAAAGGAGGCUGUCGCUCGUGGUACAUGACUUAUACUGGAGAGGUAGCAGGCCUCUGGAGUGGACCUAUUACCUCAUUCUGGUGGUCAUUACGCAAGGCUGACGUCCGUGACUUUAUUAUGUACAAGAAAGCCACUCCUAUUACCAUGUGAAAUAGACAGCUACCACAUCGAUUAAAGCGGCGGGAGCAGUAAACUAUGAUUAUUGCACGAUAUCAUAGGAUUGUCAUCUUCUUGCUUAUAGAAUUUUUUGCCCACUCUCCUCUUACUUCUAACAUUUUACAUACAUUGUGCCUCGAAUAUUAACUCUGCUAGAAUCUACGAACUUUUAACAUAUAAUAAGAAACUUCCAUGCGUGUUUUAUUGAUAAGCAGACAUUUACAUUAUCAUUUAUACAGCGACAAAUCCAUAUCGCGCAUUAGUAACGGAUUUGACAUAAAA